GCCUCUGCAAACAGAAUGAGUGGUGUAUUCUUAGGAAGUCAGUUGAGUGCAGAAGUUCUGCACAGAGCUGGCAAUAAUAGGGUGCUUCUCCAGCCCCAAGAGCUCACUGACCUGCAUGGUGCCUCCUUUCAGGGCUCCUUUGGUCUCUCAUACCCCAGUGCAGAAUAUCUGUGGCUGGCACAGCAUGGUCCUGGCUUAUUCAGCAUGUCCCAGAGUUUGUAGUUCCGGCUUGCUGCAUGAAAGCAUGAGGGCAGGAAUGGACAAGCCUACCUCCCGCAGUCAGGAAGUUAAGAAGCAUGUGCGCCUGCAGGAAAGGAGGGGCUCCAAUGUGUCACUGGUGCUGGACAUGAGUUCCCUGAGCAACACAGAACCCAUUCGAUCGGUCUCCACCCCUAGAGAUGUCACAGUGCAGCUCCUGAACACAGCCAGCCAUGUUCUUUCUCGGGAGAUGCUUCAGCAGCAGAGCUGGAGUCUGGCGGAACUUCAAGAGGAGUUCGCGAAAAUGCCCUCAAAUUUUGCCAGUCCAGAAGAGUUGAACAUUCCAGGACGAGCAGCAAAGGACAGAUACAAAUCCAUCCUACCAAAUCCCCAGAGUCGUGUUUGCCUCAAGAGAGCUGAAAGCCACAAAGAUGAGAACUACAUAAAUGCAAACUACAUUCGGGGUUAUGCUGGACAGGAGAAGGCCUACAUUGCCACACAAGGGCCCAUGCUAAACACAAUCAAUGAUUUCUGGACAAUGGUGUGGCAGGAAGAAGCUCCUCUCAUAGUUAUGCUCACCAAACUCAAGGAAGAGAAAGAGAAAUGUAUCUGUUACUGGCCUGAAACAGAGGCAACCUAUGGGCCAUUCACCAUCCGCGUUCAAGGCAUUUGCAAGUGUGAAGAAUACACCAUCCGGGAUUUUGCCCUGCAGUUCAGAGACGACUGCCGCACAGUGAAGCACAUUGUCUUCUCAUCCUGGCCAGACCAGAAGGCCCCGGAAUCAGCUAGGUCACUCUUGCACUUGGUUCUGGAGACAGAGAAAAUUCUGCAGGCUGCAGAGAGCACGGGGCCGAUCGUUGUGCAUUGUAGUGCAGGAAUUGGCCGGACUGGUUGCUUUAUAGCUACACAGAUUGGAUGCCAGCAACUGAAAAAUAAAGGAGAGGUGGACGUCUUGGGAAUAGUUUGCCAGCUACGUAUAGACAGAGGUGGAAUGAUACAAACCAGUGAACAAUACCAGUUCCUCCAUCAUACACUGGCCAUGUAUGCUUCACAGCUUCCCAAGACAACAGACUGCUAAUGCCAUCUUCUUGUAUUAACACCAGCAACUGGCUGUUUCUUGGUUGAUGGAGCAUUUUUCAGACUCUGCUGGGCAAACCACCAUCACCACCACAACCACAACCCAUUGUUGUAUCUUUGUAUAUAUCAACCACCCGAAGUGUAAACUGUGCACAAGAAGAACUAUCCAGUUGCUGGGUGUAAAUAAUUUGAAUGUGUUUUGUCUGGACACAGACUUGUUUUUUUUAUUAUUAUUAUUAUUUCGAAUGUCCUGAAAAAUGUGUGUGAACCCAGAUCUGCUGUCAUGUUCAUUAAAAAAGAUUUAUUUGCCCUGUUUGCUAUCCAUAUUACACAACUGGACAAUAAAAAAGUCUAUUAACAUUUA